UUUCCGUCCUACUAGCGAACAAAAAAGGGAAAUCCAUCACGGUGGGGAGCAACCGUUCUCACCGUCCGCAUUUGAAUCACAUGGUUUUUAUAAUCACGGUCUAUCGAAUAGCUUACAAUUAUGCAGCAACAUAUUGUCAAGAUCCAACGCAAAUGAAUUCCUUGAGAUCAGCUAUCAUGCCCAGGACGAACCUAGCCGCCUCCCUCGGAUGUGGCCUAUCCCUCAACACGGCCUCGCGUGUGCCAUGGUGUAAAUACUCUCUGCGGGAUGAUUGUAUUACGAUGUUAUCAUGCGUCUGGGCAUGCAAUCAAAGUUACGUGUGGCAAAAUGCCAAGCAAGAUAAGCCCCUAGGCAAGCAUAAGAUUCAAACAAGACGAGGGCGACCACUGAACCCUCACGACAUUAUGAGUGCUCUUACUGAUGCUCAAAUCAAUUUGCUCUGUCAUGAUCCAGCGGCCAUAAUCCUCUCAGCACCGGAGUACUCGGACAAGGUGAUUCGCAUCACAAACGAGUUGGUCGUGAAGUUUGGACAACAUGUUACCAUCCAGGAAUUCAGGAAUCAACAGACUGCACAGCAGCGCUUAGAUGCAGACGUCGAUGGCUCCAGGGCCACUUGGAGGUGGACCAAUAUCUGGGAGGUGGCAUUUUCCAAGACUGAAGACCUGCAACUCUGGCUUAAUCGACGUUCACCCAACUCGGAGCACAAACCCAAUCUCUGUUGCUAUCCACUGGCCAUGUGCCAUCUGGAUCUCAACCCAAGGAACCUUAUGGUGGAUGGUAGUCGUAUCUAUGUCCUCGAUUGGUCUGCAGCUGGAUAUUUCCCUCGAUUGCUCAAACAUACAUUGUACCAGUUUCUCCUACGAGAUCUCAGUUUCUUCAACAUCGUGGAGCCGUUCCUCAUUCCAUUGUCCAACGAAGAAUCAGAUGAAGCAAAAAUUGUGACGGAGAUAUUACGAUGCAGCCAAAUUCAUGUUUUUCGGGAAGCCAAAGUCUCCCGUAAAGCCCGCCUCGGAGCGUAAACCUGUCACCUCAUAAGUAAGCAAUCAACGAGGGCCUGAACCCACCCCAAAGCAUCCACAGGCGUUUCCUUGGCCAAUCAACGUACUGGUGCGAUUUGUGCUGUGAUCAACGUGCAAACACCUUAGCAAUGAGCGUAGAGCGGCCCAGUCA